AUGCACGUUCCUAGGCUUGAGGUGGAGGUCGUUGCUGGUCAUUCGGAGCGUCCCGAGGCAACCUCUCUGGUAUUGGGCCCGGAAGUUUGUCCAUCCACAGCACGCGUCCCUCCCAAAGCAGAGGAGAGGCUGACAACGUCAUCUUCUCCACCCGGUGUGUCUGAGAGUAGAGGCCGGCCUGAUCACCCGACCCGCUUCUCUUGGGACCACUCGCUGGGUAGCCCGUCCCGUUUCCCCCAGGUUCCUACGCGGCACAGAGUACCUGUGGAGCGCCUGGGCGAGGAAGCGGAGGAAAGGGAGAGGGAGCGGCAAGCGACUAUGGAACUUCAAUACCGACUCAAGAAACUUGAGAUCGAGGCCGAGACUGCGCUGAAAAUGCGGCGGCUCGAGCUGGAGGCAGAAGGCCGUCUUCCUCUUAACCCUAGCCGGGUCGUUGCUGCUGUUGAGCCAGCCCACAGUCCGGUCCAACCUGUUGAUCUGGUCCCUGAGGCCUACCGGCAGCGCUUCAGAGGCCUCCAGAAGGCCCCAAACCAGACCUAUCUCGGGGCCAGUCCCAGUGCAGCGGUGUGUGCAGGCUCGGUCCAAUUAUGUCAGAAGCCCCCCGUCUCCGUCUGCGUCCCUCUCUCCAAGAUGGCCGACCUCUCUUCAUCACCGCUGCUCUGUGUGUCCGCUUCGGGCCAUGCUGCUUCAUAA